AUGGAAAAAAACCGCGUUCAGAAUUUCUCUGAAGAAGAGACAAAUCAUUUUUUCGAUUUGGUCUCGGAUCACAUUCCACAUUUGGAUGGAAUUGGUGAGAAAAAACCAACCAACAUUCAAAAAACAUCGGUUUGGGAAAAAAUUGCCAAUGAACUUGCCGCUCGCACCGGCUUGAAGCGAAAGGCUAGUUCUUUGAAGGAUAAAUGGAAGAAAGCAAAAUCCGCUACCAAAAUGUACUACAGCCGAGAAAAAAAUCAAGCGAAACGCACAGGUGGUGGUUUGCCAGAUAAUAUCGAGAAACCCCGAUAUUAUGACCGAGUGCUACCGAUUGUUCAAAUGGCAGGAACAGUGGCACUUGAAGGAAUACCGCCAGUACCUUCUGAUAGCGAUUUUGAUAUAGCUAGCAUCGAAAAUUUUGAAUACAGCGAAACAGAACAACUCAUAGAAGAAGAAAUUGAAGAUGACAAUAAUACGACUUUUUCUACGGGUAAUCUCGGCAAUAAUAUCGCAAUAGAAGAAUCAGUCAUCACCGACGAUCCAUUGGCAGUGCAAUCGCGUCGUGAAAUCCAUGUGAAAAAAACACUAUACAGCCGAUACCUUACUGCACGUUCAACCGAUACGCUGAAUGAGCAAAAAAGUGAACUUCUGCAGGCCAAAUAG